CAAAAGACGGAAGUGAACUGUAGCUAUCCUGACUGAAUCUCAACAAAACAUUGACCUUCGCAAUCUCGAACACUGCACCUCUCUAAAUUCCAUAUCCUCGUUAUUCAAAGGCUACUGUGAAAGAGACUAAUUUGCUUCUUUUUUCACCAGUCAUGCCCACCCUACCAAUAAUCUACACCCCAUUCACGAAGCUGCAGGCUGGAUGGGGCACAAGACAAGGUUCCACAUGUGGAGAAUUUGAAAUGGAUUUCGUCCGAUGUGCCAGUCGAGUGGGCAUGAACAAAGCAAAGUUUGAAUGCCUGAAGGAGAUUGAGGAUUUUCAUGAAUGUCUCUGGCGCUCCAAACAGACUCAGCGCACUGACAUAAUGGAGGCAGAGAGGAAACGGCAGAAGAGACCAUACAUAGAGCCUCUGGGCAAAGAUAUUCCAGGAAAAGAAUAUUAAUAAAACCGUUGACAUUAAGAUGUUGUGACAGGUCCGUGAAUACAUGAGAUAGAUGUGGAGAGUUGCCUUCUUUGUGUAUCUCUAAAUAAUUUGUGGAUGUGAAUGAGUACUGAUUUUGCCGCUGGGUCAUUGUUUGUUUUCUCUUGAUUUUGUCUCUACAUUAUAUUUCAAGUAAAGAAUUUUAUGAAGCUCUGGUAAACUUAAAACAAACGAAAAAACAGUCUUCGUUGUCUAAGUUUGUAUAAAAAAUUUGUUACAGUACAUUUUAGCUGCAGAACAUUCUUAUUGUUUGGGAGAUUUUUUUUUUACAGUAAUGAUAUUGAUAGGUAAGAAACGAUUGCAGUUGUCGUAAUUCCUAACAUUUCGUUUGUGGCCUUGAUUCUGUUUGGUUUACCUUUGAGUACUCAUGUGUGUCGCUCCCUUGGCUAAACUGAAUGUCAGGCCAGUCUUUGAAUUCAAUCAAUUUUUUGUAAAUAUCAGUGGGUGGGUGGGUGACGGCUGCUUUGGUGUUUUUUUGCUGCUUGCAAUUGUAGUCUGUGUUUCUUUCCUGUUGUUCUAAUCUCUUGCCAGGUUCAUCAUCCUGGUCACUUGCCAUAGGCUGUGGCUCUGUGACAUUGUAUUUGUCUAUAAGUUUGUGCAAAUGUAUGUCUGUUUUUACAUGUAACGUGUACAUAGAGAGAGUUUGUGAUGAAGGCUUGUAUCUCUGCAUGUCUUUCUCUUAAUUGCAUCGAAAGAAGUAGAAUAAAACUGAAAAAUAUGGA